AUGAAAAAGAAAUCAAAUCAAAGAUCUCAAUCACAUUCACAUUGGAAUGUAAAACAACCCAAUUCAAAUCAUCAUCAACCUACUAGUAUACUCAAAAAUCCUGUGAAACCUGAAAAACUUGAUUUACCAUUUGUUGAAGGAUGUCAUCAUAUCGGUUCAAGAUUUUCAGUUAAUACACUGAUCAAAUCUAUUCAACCAGUCAAUCUAACUUCUGAAGAAGUUGGGUAUUUAAAAAAUCGUCACAAUCACUCGAAAUCAGCAUCAGAUGAUUUAAGUGAUUUGUAUCCAAGAAUCAAAGGACCUUAUCAACCUAGAUCAAUUUUAUCUAGAACAAGAUCAGCAUAUGGAUUAAAACCACGUAAAAAGUCAAACAAUCCAGAUGAUGAAGAAUUUGAUGAGACCAAUGAAGUCAAAUCAAAUCAAAACAAUGUCAACAAGGGUGAUUCUAAUCAAUCAAUUCAUCAUUCAAGACCUCCUAGUAAUUUAGAACAGUAUGAAAGACAAUUCCAUCCUGAAGUUUAUCAAUCUAAACUUCAUGAUCAUCAACCUAAAAGUGUUCAACUUCAUCCGGUUCGAGAAGAAGAAGAAAUUGAAGAAUUAAGUCAAGUUUUACAGAUUGACGAAGAUUAUGAAAGUUGGGUUCUUAAAGCUUUAGAACCCAUUCCACAUUCUAAUUCGAUUUCGAUUUCGAAUUUAUCCAAUUCCCAAAUCGGAAGUUACCUAUACAAGUCACAGCUAAUCCUACUUUGA